AUGUGUUGUUUACAUUUUCAGACAAGGAUUGUAAUCCUUCAAAUUUGGAAGAUGUGAAAUUAUUUUAAUAUCACGCUGUCUCUAACCUUUGGAACGUGGUAUAUAUUUGGUGUGAUAUGACCUAAGAUGAAGUGAAAUAGUUGGCGUGUUGUUGUACUGAUCACCGUUUCAAUGUUUACAUUUAUUUGCGCGCGAAGAUUAUUUUGCCAUAAAGAUACAAAAUUGAUCAAGUUAUGUAGUUAUUUGUUAGAAGAUUCAACUGAAAAAAUGUCGUUAAGUGUUAAUUAUCCAUGGAAGUAUAUUUACAUAGCUGGUUCUGACCUGCCAAUCUAUUUAAAACGUGGAAGGACGUUACAGAAUGAAAGUGAAAGUAGAAUUUCGAAAAAUUAUUCCAAACUAUUCGACAAGAGAAAUAGCAAAUAUCUCUUAUUUUCGAAGAGCAGGUGGGCAGAUUCGUCAUGUAAAGCUACGUAUGUACACUCGGCAAUUGAGUCUCAUUUAGCGUACAGACAAAAAGGCAAAUGGCCAGCAACAACAUUUUCCCAUGCUGUGUUUGGGUCUGAAGACUGUGUCCAGAAGGGAGUUUUCUGUUGUAGUACAUCUCAAGAACAACAUUCACAUUUACAUUCACAAAUAAAAGAUUUUCUAAAGGAAAACAAUAGUUUUAAAGCAUAUCAAUUCCAUGAGUCUUCGAGCAAAAACAUCUUUAAAUUAUCUGAUAUUGGUGACGACAACACCUAUGAAACCAGUGAUGACAGAGAAAUUGAAGUAGAAAUUGUUAAAAGAUCCUCCAUGAAAGGUCUUCAAGAAAAUGAUCCAGUGGCUUCACCAAUAUUUUCUCUUCCAGAAAUAAGUCCAGUUUUCCACAGCUACAAUGAGGCCCGUAUUGUAUUGGAAAAGCUUUCAUGUGUACCGGAAGUGAAAGAAUUACUGGAUGUCACAGACAAUUGCAUAACUAUAGCAACAGAAAAGUCUUGUGAUCAAACUCUGCUUCAUCCUUUUGUUGUUGUGGAGGGCAUGGACGCUACAGGAAAGACAACUCUCACAGAACUUCUAGAAAAGAAGAUGGGUGCCGCUAGAUACUUUACCCCACCACCUCAGAUAACCCAUUUGCGGGCCUUCUUUGAUAAAUAUCCAGAGAUAGUGAGACGAGCUUACUACAGUAUGGGCAACUAUAUUGUGGCUAGAGAAAUCAUUCAGGAGUGUCAAAGCCGGCCAGUUAUAAUGGACAGAUUCUGGCAUAGCACUGCAGCAUAUGGUAUAGCCAAUGAAACCAGUAGUGGGGACAUGCCUGAACCGGACCAUUCAGUGUAUCGAUGGCCGUCUGACUUGCUCAAGCCAACCAUUGUCCUGUUUUUAACUGUAUCUGAGGAUGUGAGAAAACAAAGGUUAAGUGGACGGGGCUUGCAAGCUACAUUUGAAGAAAAAAGCCUUGAUAAUGAUCAGUUGUUUAGACAAAGGUUAUGUGAUGCCUACAGAAGAAUGAAUUCACCAUCAUGUAUAGAGAUAGAUGCUGGUGGUACAGUGGAAGAAGUUCAGAGUAAAGCUCUUCAGGUCCUCGCCUCACAUGGUGUAAAUCUGCACUGUAUAAAUAAGUGACAGAAUCGGGACAAGUCUAUUUAAUGACUAUAUCUGAUGAAGAUUUUACUAUUCAGCAAAUUUUGUUAUUUUUCACUGUCAAAACCUGUUAAUGAAGACUGCACUUGGGAAAGGUUUUUUCUUUAGUUUUGGGUUUUUUUAAGGGAUGACUUAUCUCAUUAUUCUCUCAUUAGAAAUGCACUGGGCAUGUUAUUAUGUCUCCCCAUUCCGUCUGGGGGAGACAUUGUUUUUGCCCUGUCAGUCCGUCUGCCGCUCUUCAUUUCUGAUCAAUAACUGGAGAAGCAUUUCACCUAGAACCUUCAAACUUCAUAGGAUGGUAGGGCUUAUGGAGCAGACUACCUCUUAUUGUUUUUGGGGUCACUCCGUCAGGUCAAGGUCACAGGGGCCUGAACAUGGAGAACCAUUUCCCAUCAAUAACUUGAGAACCAUUCAACCCAGAAUGUUGAAAAUUCACAAUGUAACUCAUUGCAGAGUUGGAGCGUUCUUCUGUACAUGCCCGAAAGUGAUUAUCAGUUGUAGUGCAUUGCAAAAAUAUGCAUAUUUUUGCAUGUCCACACGCAUUAAGUGUAUAAUAUGCAUAAAAUACUGACUAAAGGUUAGGGUUAGUAUCACCAUGGUUACAAAAUACAUACAUUUAAGACAUUUUUCGUUCAAAUUUAGUUAAUCUGGUAUAUUUUACCGGAGUCUGUAAUUUAUACCGGCGCUCCAAGUCUGAAUUGAGUCACAGUCGAAAAUUUAUAGGAUGAUUGGACAUGCAGAUAGAUGACCCCUAUUCACUUUGGGGUCACUUAGUUAAAGGUCACAGGGGCCUGAACAUGGAAAACCAUUGCCAAUCAGUAACUUGAGAGCCACUUGACCCAGGAUGUUAGAACUUCAUAGGAUGAUUGGACAUGCAGAUAGAUGACCCCUAUUGAUUUUAAGGUCACUCGGUUAAAGGUCAAGAUAACAGGAAACCAUUGCCGAUCAAUAACUUGAGAGCCACUUGACCCAAAACGAAAAUCUGUCUUUUAAACAAUUUUGCUGUUAUUUGCUAUAUAUGUCAUUUGAUUUUUGGAGGUCACUGAGCAUAACAUUUAUAACCUGCUUGGCCGAGACAGCAGUCUUUAAAUAUAUACAAAAUUAGUAAAAUUGGUUAGUUUUAGUCUAAAGAUAAUUUUAUUUGAAAAUAGGAAGGGACACAACACAGUUUAUUAUUUCCAUCAGGUCAGUUGGAGUCUAUGGCCUUGUUUAUUGUUUUUAAGAUGCCAGAUAAAACAAAGUCAUGAGCUUGACUAUUUGAAAUAUAGGUAGUUAUUGCACUCGUCCAUUUGUUGAUGUUCAUGUCGGUGUCUGCUUCCUGAUUCAGUUAAAUUUUUAAAUUGUAUUACUUAAUUGGUUUGUUGAUGUUCAUGUCGGUGUCUGCUUCCUGAUUUGGUUAAAUUUUUAGCUCACCUGUCACGGAGUGACAAGGUGAGCUUUUGUGAUCACACUUCGUCUGGCGUCCGUUGUCCGUCCAUAAACUUUUACUUUAAACGACAUCUCCUCAUAAACCGCUAGGCCAAUUUCAUCCAAACUUCACGGGAAUGUUCCUUGGGUGAAGCUCUACAAAUUUUUUUCAAAGAAUUGAAUUCCAUGCAGAAUUCUGGUUGCCAUGGCAACCGAAAGGAAAAACAUUAAAGGUAGUCAAUCACAUUUAAACAACAUUUAAUGCCAUUUUUUACUUUUUGUAUAUUCUGGCAGAGAAUUAUUUAAGGAACAAAAAGACCGAUUACAUAGAGUUAGAUUCCUAUUUGAAAUAUAUAUCUUAUUAUUUUUAUAAAAUUUUGUAAUUACUCCCCUUUAAUAUGAAAGUAUAUAAAAAGCUGGGUAUUUCUUUUUAUUUCGAUACAAUGUCUAGUUUUACAUUUGCAUUUGAUAGACAUAUCAACUAUUGAACAAUCUGAACCAAAAUGCAAAUUUUAAAGCUGUGUGUAGCUUCUGAAUUCAUUUAUUUCCAAUCUAUCUUGGUUGCGCAACCAAGAUAGGCAAAGGGAGAUAAUAAUAAUUUUUCAAACUUUCUAAUGAAUUCCAUCUAAAUACAUAAUUUUUAAUGCAAACAUUUUACAAAUAUCGUCGCACCACGUAAUUUUACGCACACCUAUUUCGACGCCAUUUUUGUUUUGACCUCGUUCUCGAUUAACUUGGGGUUUCCGAUGACGUAGUUGCUCGGUGUAACAACAGAAAUCAUCAUGGUAAAUUUUACCGAUAAAAAAGUUGGAAAGUUCAGGAUUUGAAGAUAUUUAUCAACUUACAUUUACCCUAUACAUGAUUUUUAAUGUUUCUACUAAUGCAAAUUUUCAUCCAUUUUAAAAACAUCCCUGUGGAAGCUUAGAUUAAAAAAGUUACUGGAAAUUUUGUUGUACGUCUGCAGCUGACUUUGGUGCUAUCAAGGUCACAUCACUGCCAUGUGACGUAUGUAGUCGCACUAUUUUAUGCACUGUUUUGGAAGGUGUACGCAUUAUAUAUCAAUGCGAUCAUUACUAUACACAUCAAUUUUUUUCUCUCGUCAAGUAGGCUGCGAACACUGGGUUCAUCCAUAGUUUUGUAUAAAACAAAAUGUGCCAAAUUCCUCUGUAAACACUGCAGUCCAGAAAAAUGAAAGAAAAAACAUCAGGCAGUGUGUGUUAAAAAAGCAGAGUGAUUAUUUAUGUUCUUAGCCCCUUAUGUUCAUGAAUAUUUAAAUGUUUUCAGAUUUAUAAAUAUCAUUUGGCCGUAAUAUUGAUUACCUUCUUGCAUCUGCUUUUGUGUCAAGUUUUAUUGCAGCAUCCAUGAGAGUUAUGGUGUAGCACAUUACUUACAGUGAUUGCACAAAUAUUUAAGCCAAUCAAAAGCUUCGUAACAAGUAUCAUGUAAGACGCGUCGAAAUAGGUGUGUUAGAAAAAAGUAUGGCCGACCACACUAGUUGUUGUUUACCUUUUGAUUUCUGACAGACAGUUGUUUAGAAUAAGAUGUUAUUGGUAUGAUUCAAUGAAAAAAAGGUUAGUGCACAUGCAACAUCUAAUAGAGUCACGUAUGUUACUGAAUGAAAAAGCGCGGCCAUGUUGCUUGUUAUGUGCGUCGAAACUGGUGAGUCUGGGAUAUAUUACAAUAUUUGUAAUAUUUAUACAUUUCCUUUGGCAAAGUAUGUUUAUCAAAUUUAUACUUAUGAUAAAAUAACUCUAUCUUGGUUGGGCAACCAGGAUAGAAAAAUGAAAUUUUAAAAAUACCUCCAGCGAAAAUCUAAUUUGUAUUAAGUGUUAAGUGAACAUAAGUGAGUGUAAAUGAUCAGAUGCUAAAGUUUCGAACAAAUCCGUUACAUGGCCAAAAUCUGAUUAUCCACCUUUAAAAAUCUUCUUCUCCAAAACCACAAAGCCUAGAGCUUUGAUAUCUGGUGUGUAGCAUCAUCUAGUGGUCCUCUACCAAAAUUGUUCAAAUUAUCCCCCUAGGGUCAAAUAUGGCCCCGCCUCGGGGGUCACAUGGUUUAUAUAGACUUAUAUAGGGAAAAUUUUGAAAGUCUUCUUGUACAAAACCACAUGGCCUAGGGCUUUGAUUUUUGGUAUGUAGUAUCAUCUAGUGGUCCUCUAGCAAGAUUGUUCUAAUUAUCCCCCUAAGGUCAAAUAUGGCCCCGCCCCGGGGGUCCCAAGUUUUACAUAGACUUAUAUAGGGAAAAAAGUUUAAAAAUCUUCUUUUCUGAAACCACAACACUUAGACCUUUGAUAUUUGGUUUGUAGCAUUGUCUUAUGGUCCUUAACCAAUAUUUUUAAAAUUGUACCCCUUGGGUGAAAAGAGGCCCUGUCCUGGGGGUCUCAAGUUUUAUAUAGACAUAUAUAGGAAAAAGCUUUAAAAAUCUUCUUGUCUGAAACCAUACGACCUAGGCUUUUGAUAUUUGGUAUGAUGCAUUGUCUAGUAGUCCUCUACCAAAAUUAUUCAAAUUAUGCCCCUUGGGGUUAAAAGAGGCCCCGCCCUGGGGUCACUUAGUUAUUAUGUGAGUUAUAUAGGAAAAAUACUUAAAAAAUCAUCUGAUCCUAUUUCCAAGACUGUUUAAUUAUAAUUACCUGAUGACCCCAAGUAAUAUGAUGUCACUUGACUGUGACAUUGACCUACUGACCUACUUUCUUGUUUUUUAAGAUACAGCCUUGAAAUUUUGAUGACAUACACAGUUUUGCACACAAAUCGUAAAACUUAAUUUCAUUGACCAUGAAUGUGACCUACUGACUUUCUUAAUAUUUUAUCAUCAGUUUGACAUUUGAAACAUGUAGCUCAUAUUACUCAGGUGAGCAAUCCAGGGUCAUCAUGACCCUCUUGUUGAAUGUAUUACUUAGCUGGUGUCUUGGUAACUGCUAGUGGAAAUGCAGUGAAACUUCACACUUGUUCCAUGUGAUGAUCUGACAUGUAGUGCACAGGUUUCGUAACUCUGUCCUGUAUUUUUGCAACUUUGCACUCCUUUUUUUGAGUGAACAGAUGUUAGUUUAGUUUUUGUAUACAUGUUUUCGACAACAAUUUUUGGUAAAAUUUUUAUAGGAGCCUGCAUAUUGUUACUAUAUAAUAACACUUGUUAAUUAUAUAUGUUAUUGUAUAUUAUUAUAUCAGAAAUAUCAAUGCUGAUGUGACUUGGUACAAUGUAAUUAGUGAAUGAAUUUACAGUUUGAAUGGUAUAAAUAAACAUUUUACUUUCGUAUAUAUACUUAUAUAAAUUCUGUAAAAAAAAGUUUGCUUGUAUUUCACAUGUGAAUACAAAUUGGCAGAAAACAAAGCCUAUAUUGUACCAUGUUAAAACUCAAUGCUCUGUGUGUGUGUGUGUGUUUUUGUUACUUUUUUUUUAGCUUGACUAUUCGAUGAAUAGUCCGAGCUAUUGUACUCACCCCAGGUGUCGCCAUUGCCAUCACACCUUGGUUAAAGUUUUGCAUGCAAGUAUGUAUAGCUAUCACUUCAAGGCAUAUUGCUUUAAAAAAAUCUUUUCUUUUUCAAGGUCAACUACCAGCCUCACUGGGUCAAGUCCCAUAACUGACAUUAUUUUUUAUAUUUUGGGCAAAUUAUGCUCCCUUUUGGACUUAAAAAAUCUGGGUGAAGUUUUGCAUCCAAGUUACUCUCCAAAACUAAUGCAGAUAUGGAGCUGAAACUUAACAUGUGUCUUCGGGGUUAUGAAACUAGGUGAUAGCAUCAACUCCCAUAAAUCUGACAUGCAUUUUAGCCAAAUAAUGCCCCCUUUUGGACUUUGAAAAUUCUGGUUAAAGUUAUGCAUGCAAGUACAUAUAGCUAUUAUUUAAAGGCAUAUAGCUUUGAAACUUAUUUUUUUCUUUUUCUAGGUCAAUAACCAACCUCACAGGAUCAAGUUCCAUAACUUUGACAUGUAAUUUGGGCAAAUUAUGUCCUGUUUCACGGUUUGGACCUAUCUCCAAAACUUAUGCAGAUAUUGAUUUGAAACUUCACUUUUGUCUUCGGGUUAUAAAACUAGGUGAUAGCAUCAAAUCCCAUAACUUGUAUUUUGGCCAAAUUUUGCCCUCUUUUGGACAUAGAAAAUCCUGGUUAAAGUUUUGCAUGCAAGUUACUUUCUCCAAAAUUAAUGCAGAUUCUGGAUUGAAACUUGAUAGAUAUUUUAACAUCAGGGUAAUAUUCCUGCUUCUGGGACAACAAUUCGAAUAGUCAAGCAUUGGCUGUCUCAGGGACAUCUCUUGUUUUUUUGUAAAAUACUUCUUUAGUACAUUGAGGUAUAUAAAGUCAUUACAACAGUAGCUAGAUUUUGAAUGGUGUAUUUGGCUCAUAUAGAUUUUAUCAAACAGGAACACACCUGGCACAUGCACGCCGGGGUAAUCAAGGUCUGGCAAAAUCCACUCUAGUUGAACACAACAUCCCAGAUCAAGCUACAGCUCUUCUAACCCUAUUAUAUAUGAAUUUACAAUUUCAAUACAAUCACUACAUUUUGUACUAUAUACAAACUUUAAAUCAUAAUGGGGUAACAAUAUAUUUUACUAUAUAUGAAUUUACAGUUUUAACAGGCUAACAGUAGAUUUUACUUGUUUGAAUUUACAUUUUGAAUGGGAUAACAAUAUAUUUUACUAUAUUCUCUGUGAUGAAUGUUGUUUUAUUUAUGUUUCUGGUAUAUUGUGCUGUACCUAUAUGUUUUAAUUUCUUAAUUUUAAAUCUUUUAUACUGCUUUUUUUAAAAAUUACAAUGGAUAUAUUCUGUGCCAAAAGACUAGAUUAUAUCACAAUGUAAAAAGUUUAUGAGACAAUACUGGAGUCAUGUGUAUGUGUUGGUCAGGUUGUCUGCCAGUGAUUACUUUCUGAAAGCAUAUUUCUAAAAUGGUUUCUUGCAUUUUCAUAUGCUCGCCAUGAAAAUGCAACAAAAUUGGGAUUUGUCAAAUUCUUUACCAACAGUUAGUUGUCAAAAUUUCAAAGCUUAACUUCCUGUACACUCCACAUUUUAUAAAACCACUGGAAUAAUUUUCAUCAGUUUGUUGUUCAAAGAGUGCACAAUUCAGGUCACUGCCAAAUGUCAAGGUCGCAAGGGACAUUAAUAUUAUUUUAGACUGGACAAUUUAUUUUCAAAUAACUACACAUAAUAUUUCACCGUAACAAGAUGAGAAUCAUAUAUGACCCAGGUCAUUAAAUCAAAGGUCAAGGUCACGCUUGGAGGUCAGAAGUCAUAGCUUAGCUUCAUGUCUUCUCCACAUUGUCUGAACUGGCAGAAGGAUUUUCAUAAGAUUUUAGUCAAUUGUUAACCUGAUCAAGACAGUAUGCUGAGUGCACAACCCAGAUCGUAAGGUCAAGGGCAUGUGGUCGGAGUUCUGAAAGCUUUAUUUCAGACUUGCUAACUGACUUUCAAGUAACUACACAUAUGUUUACCAUGGUAAUAUUAUUAAAUCAUGCUUGACCCAGGUCAGUGUUUAAGGUCAAGCUUACACUAAGGUCAAAUACCUUGCCUUUCGUGUCAGCUGUUCUUUGCCUUCUAAACUGUGUCAAAAAUUUUAUAAAUUAAGCAUCAUUUGUUUCUCCUGUCGAGAUGAUGUGCAGACAGUACAACUCAAGCCACUAUGUCAAAGGUUAUGAUCACACUGCCAGGUCAAAAAGCUUUAUUUUAGGCUGUUAGAUUUCGAAGUGACUCAACCAACAAAAAAGCAUCUGCUGACCUUAUUAAGACACCAUGCAGUGAUCACAACAUUUUAUCUUACCAGUAUCAAAGCAGUGUCUAAUUGCCUUCAGUGAUAGCUCUAGCUUUUUGUCUGAAAUUUUAAGUUUGAAGAGUAAGAAGGGUUGUUGUACUCACCUUGGCAUUUUUGUCUACAUUGCUUCAUGGUUAAAGUUUUUUGGCUAGCUUCUCACUUUUACUGUGUCUUCUUAACUACUGCUGCUAUAUUCAUCUGGUUAUAAUACCAGGUACCUCAAAGGUCAAUAUCACCAGAGUCAAAUAUUGCAGUAGUGCUGGUUAAAGUUUCCUUGCAAGCUUCUUAAUUCCAUUCCGUCUUCUUAACUACUGUGUUAUUACGAGGCAGACAUCUUUUGGUUUAGUGCUAGGUACUUAAAAGGUCAUUGUAACUUGGGGUUAGAUUUUGUGAUAGUGUUGGUUUAACCUUUUAUGGCACACUUCUCAGUUUCACUUAUAUCAGUACCAGUAUCCCACUUAUAUCAGUACCAGUAUCCCUUCUACCCCCAUAAUUAAUGCCUACCUCAAAUUAUCUUUUACCUCCCAUUACACCUGCUAACUGCCCCCCAACCUUGCCACCAAAAACAGAUUUAUAUACCACACAUUAAUAUUGUUUCUUAGAGUGCAAGCAAACCACUUUGCAUGGUGAUUUUUUAUGCCAGUAACUUGUUUAUUUCUUAUCGAGACCCAAGUCAAUUUCAGCAUGGCAGCUGAAAUUCAAGAUGGCUGUCAAUUUCACAAGGUUUCAAUAAACCACUUAUCUAAGGGACAUUAACCCUUACCCUAAAUUUCUAUUAUGAACUUGUCCAUCUUUCAAUUUGGACAGUACCAUUAACUGUUAAAAGGGGUGCUUACCAACUUAUUGACUGAAUGGCGACAGUGCAGAUCAUGAUCAGACUGCAGACACUAGUCGCAAAGGCAGAAUAAAUCAUGUUCAGCAUGUUUGAAAUGGUUCAAAAUGAAUUGUUUUGUUAUUAUAUUCUUAAUUUAAUUUUGAAGUAAAAUUUUAAAAUGGUGGCAGAAAUUUGAAAUGGUCUGUAAAAUUUUCAUUUAUUGAAAAAAUAAUGUGCGUUGCAUAUAAAUGGGUUUUAGUCUGACAUGUUAUUGAAUUUGAGGUGGCAUCAUAUAUGUUUUUACUUUUAAUAGUUUGAUUUAGCUAAAUGCUGUCCACAAAAAAAUGAUUGAAACAAGGGAAUGAAGUAUUGCCAUGCAAUACAAAGUCCCCAUACUGGAAGGCACCUCAGUUUCUCUACAACAGUAUAACAUAAUGAUCUGAUAUAUGUUGAUGAUGUAUAAAUAAUAUUAUACUAUAUAUACAGUAUGUUAUAACACAACAUUUGGAUUAAAAUUUGUAUAUCAAAAA